GCAAAUGAGGUAACGUCUCAACCGGAAGCUGCACCUUCCAAUCGCCACAAUACGUCACGGCAGAUUGACCAAACCCGGAAGUGAAGAUGGCGACCGCCUACGAGAGGUUCAACCUGCAUGCAACACCUGAGAAGUUCUACAUUGAGGCCUGUGAUGAUGGAGCUAAUGACGUGUUGGUUAUUGAUAGGGUGUCCACCGAGAUUGACCCUCUCAGGUACACUCUGACUACUAAUAAGGACAUCCCCCCAUCAGGCGUAACCAGGCCCAUUUGUGGAAUCAUGGGAACUAUUCGGCUGGUGGCUGGGAUGUACCUCAUAGUCAUCACCCGGAAAAGGAAAGUGGGCGACCUGUUUGGCCACACUGUGUGGAAAGCGCUGGAGUUUGAUGUGAUUUCUUAUAAGAAGACCAUUUUGCACCUCACAGACAUUCAGAUGCAAGACAACAAGACGUUUCUGUCUAUGAUCAACAAUGUACUCAACACAGACGGUUUCUACUUCUGCACGGACUAUGACCUGAGCCACACCCAGCAGCGCCUGUCCAACACCAGCCCGGACUUCCAGGAGAUGAGCCUGCUGGAGAGGGCAGACCAGAGAUUCAUGUGGAAUGGAAACCUUUUAAGAGAAAUAAUCGCACAACCUGAGCUCCAUAAAUUUGCAUUUCCUGUCAUCCACGGAUUUAUUGUGAUGAAGCCGUGCUGCAUCAAUGGGAAGGUGUUUGAGUGGAUCCUCAUCUCUAGACGGAGCUGUUUCAGAGCUGGGGUCCGGUAUUAUGUCAGAGGCAUUGACUCUGAAGGACAUGCUGCUAACUUCGUUGAAAAACAAAAAAUACACCACAACAAUAACCACCCCUCCUUUGUGCAGACUCGAGGCUCCAUGCCCUUUUUCUGGUCUCAAAGACCUAACCUGAGGUACAAGCCCAAGCCACAGAUAAGCAACGACACCAAUCACAUGGAUGGAUUCAAGAGGCAUUUUGAGUCGCAGGUUCUCAUUUAUGGCAAACAAGUCAUUCUAAAUUUGGUGAAUCAGAAAGGAUCUGAAUUGCCCCUUGAGCAGGCCUUUGCCAAAAUGGUCAACGGCAUGGAGAACGGACUCAUCAAGUACAUAGCAUUUGACUUUCACAAAGAAUGCAGUAAGAUGAGAUGGCAUCGCCUCCAGAUUCUCGUUGAUGCUGUUUCUGACAUGCAGGAGGAGUUUGGGUACUUCAUGGUGAGUUCAGACGGGAAGGUGACGUCCGAGCAGUCUGGAACCUUCCGCAGUAACUGUAUGGACUGUCUGGACCGCACUAACGUCAUUCAGAGCCUGCUGGCCAGACGCUCCCUACAGAGCCAGCUACAGAGGAUGGGCGUCCUCCACGUAGGCCAGAAAAUUGAGGAGCAGGCUGAUUUUGAGAAGAUUUAUAAGAACGCGUGGGCAGACAAUGCCAAUGCUUGUGCUAAACAGUACGCAGGAACUGGAGCCCUGAAAACCGACUUCACCAGAACCGGGAAGAGGACUCACUGGGGCUUGGUAAUGGACGGCUGGAACUCAAUGAUCCGUUACUACAAGAACAAUUUCUCAGACGGGUUCAGACAAGACUCCAUCGAUCUCUUCCUCGGAAACUAUACAGUGGAUGAAACCGAAAGCUUGACGCCUCUGCAUGUGCAGAAGGACUACAAGUUUCUCUUGCUUCCUGUUAUUAUGGUGGUGGCCUUCUCCAUGUGCAUCAUCUGUCUCCUAAUGGCUGGGGACACUUGGACAGAGACCCUGGCGUACUUGUUAUUCUGGGGCAUGGCCAGUGCUCUUACGGCCGCUGUCAUCGUGGUCAACGGACGGGAGUUUGUUGAUGCACCGAAACUGGUCCAAAAAGAGAAGAUGGAUUGAAUAUCGAGACCUCCUUCCUUCUGCUCUCUCGGUUUCCUCUUUAUGUUCCUCCAAUACUCUCCACACUGCCCUUAAACGUCUUCAGCAGAGCAAGUAUCCUGUUUCCUGCUCCUAUAGAUGGAGCCUCUUUGUAUUACCAUAUAAUUCCACAUCGGUUACUGUCUGCACUACAAAUUUCCUUUGAAUCAUGGGACAAACUUCAUGAAACUUCCUUAACAAUAGUACUUACAUCAGUUUAGAAUUACACAUGAGUUGCACAACAUCCCCAGCCUGUAAGUGCAUGUGGACAUUGCAUCGUACUUCAAAGGCUGCUGUGUUGUUACUGUUUGGCGAUCGAUCUAAAUUGACCCAUUGUGAAAUUGAAGUUAUUGUUUUGGCUCUAGAGCUCCUGCUUUAUGAUACUGGACACCAGACGUGUGCCCAUGGCCUGGUCUAUGGGUUGACAGAUCAAUGAAGGUCUACUGUAAUUUGAUUGUUACACAAGGGAACAUUACAUGAUGCAUCGGUGGUUCAGUCCCUGGUUAUUACCAUAUCUGUCCCAAAAUCAGCCUUAUGUUGUAUUUUCAGUUGUUCUUAGCAGUGGCAGUUUGGGUUUUAAUAUGGUUUCUUUUUGCUCUGCCAGCAUAUUUAUGGGUUUGUGUCUCUCAUAAAUGAUCAAAUUAGACAGCUGUGGGACGCACUGGGGGAGAGAGAGGUAUUAAGCACUGUUUCUUUAUGAGUUUACAGAAAAAUAUGAACAGCACUUUCCUGUGUAACUUCUUAACGUCUCUUCGAGGACCAAUGAACACUAACAGAUAUGGCAUGCAUAACGUUCUCUGACUGCACUUCUCUUCAGCAUUACCAAUUCAGUGGCAGUUUAUAAGACGGAAAUAGAAUACCUGUUGAAUUUCCUAACACUUUUAAUUGAAUUCACUUAAACCAUAAUGACAAUUCAGAAGCAUUUGCUUUUAACUAAAUUAUUUAGACAAGUGGCUUUCUUGAACGUCAUAUUGCAGAAAAAUGUCAGUUUCAUUCAUGUUCACUUGCAUGAUGGUGCAUUUCAAAAUGCUUUACCUUUAACCCACCAAUUUCUUUUCAUUUUGACAAAUUUAGACUCAUUUAUCAAGGGGGAUUGGGAGUGGACACUGAUAAAUGAAUUUCUUUCAGGUCAGGUCUUCCUUUUGAGCUCAUUACUGCCUUUACAACUGAAUGCUCAUCGGUUUGGUUUAAUGUUGACAAAGAAUGUAGAUUUCGAUGCCUUUAUAUGUGUGUUUUGUAGUCAUCUGCAAAUGAUAAUGCAAGCUGCAGUAAUAUUGGACACAUCUCAACAGGAGAUUGCAAAUGUCAGUUUCAUCAUAUUCAUAUGGGCCGUAUUUCAGCGAUAUUCUUGUGUUCAAAGAACAAGAUUAAAAUGGCCGGAUGGAAACACAACACUGAUAAUUAAAUCCUGUAUGUUUGAUGUUUACCUAUAUAAAUCUGAUGUGUAAACUGUACAUUGGAAAGAAAUUAGAAUUUAUAUAUGAGUGUGUCAUUGUAAUCAUGUACUGUACUAUACAGUGUAGUUUACAACAACAUAGAUUUAGCACUUUCUGGUUGAGUUAUUGAUCAAUCAAAGUGAAGUCACUGAUCACAUUCUUCCAUCACAGGGGUUGUGUUAAAUGACAUAUUAUCAAUAUUAAUUGUGUUUUUGGACUUGAUCGUGACAAUGUUUUAAAUCCUGUUUAAUCUCUCUCGUCUUGUUUGAUUAAGAGACUAUAUGGCUCAGCAUUACAGUUGGAUUUCUGUUAACUGUGCUCAUUCAGAAGUAUUCAGUAUUUGCCCAUGAUUUCAAGGGAAUAGUUUGUGAGACAUCAGUUGUCUUUAGUAGUCUAUCAGUCCUUAUCAGUCUCAAACAUCUACAGUUCUAAUGAAAACCACACUAGACUAAUUUAGGCAUUGUAUGGUUUUGAUCAUAGAGGUGACAUUUCAUCCCUUUUAAAAGACUUCUCAACCACUGUAUCUAAUGUUUUCUUGAUGAAAUCAUAUUUAAUAAAUUCUACCAAUGAAA